AUGGACACCACCCGACGAAUCGAAAAGCGCAAUCGGCCUCCGCUGUCCUGCGAGCCGUGCCGGGCCCGCAAAUCAAAAUGCAACCGCGCCACGCCCUGCGACAGCUGCACCAAGCGCAACCAGCCCUCCGCCUGCCACUACGCCGCCAACGUCCGACGGACAGACAGCAGCAGCAACAGCAAGAAAAGCAGCAGCGCCAGCAACAUCGCCGAUCGGUUGAAAGACCUCGAGGCGCUUGUAUCGUCGCUGGCUUCGCAGGGUCUUGUUGUGCAGCAAGGGCCGGGGCCAGUGCAACCACCAGCACCACUAGCAGUAGCAACGGACGGGGCUCAGGAGAGUAAGCCGGCGAUACCUGUUCAUGAUCCCGGGCAAAACGGUGUUGAGCCGGAGACGCCGCGGCUUCGACAGAGCCAAGACGGGCAGGUGCAUUUCCUGGACUCGAGUCACUGGCUGUCAAUUUUAGAAGACAUCCGCGAAGUCCGCGAGCAUCUCUCGCCCGAAGGCAUGUUGGUGCAUCACGAGGAGGAGGGCUCGUCCAAGGGCAGCGACGAGGGCAUGGGGGGUAUGGCGAGUAUGACAGGCUUGACAGGCAUGGGGGGUCUUCUCCCGGAGCCUGAUAACCCGGAGUUGACCUCGGUGUUGGGGCUGGAGGUCAAGCCGGAUUUGGAUGAGAUCUUGGCGUCAGUUCCGCCGCGGGGCGUGUGUGAUAAGCUGAUUUCGCACUAUUUCAACUCGCGGUUUGGGAUAUUGGCUAUUAUCCACCCGUUUGAGUUCCAGAAAGAUUACGAAGCCUUCUGGGCCGCCCCCAGCAAAACCAACCCCAUCUGGAUCGCCCUGCUCUUUGCCGUCCUGACCGUCGCCACCAACCUCUUCCGCCUCUCCCGCGCACACGAAGCGAACCACCCCUCCACCGCCGCCACCCUCCCAGAGUCCCAGCUGCUCGAGAGACGCACAGUCGAAUGCCUCAUCCUCGGCCGUUUCGCCACCGCCCACGCCCACGCCCUCGAAGCCUUCGUCCUGCACCUACAGAGCCGCUUCCUCCACGCCGGCCGGAACUCGGCCUCCACAGCGCUCAUCCACAUCUGGUUCGAGGCGGGGACCAUCAUCCGUCUGGCGUUCCGCAUGGGAUACCACCGUGACCCGGCGAUAGUAGGCCCUCAAGACCCGGCGGGGCCUGGGCGCGGGCGGCCGUUCUCGCCGUAUCAAAUUGAGAUGCGUCGGCGCGUGUGGACCAAUAUCUUCCAGGUCGACGCGCUCAUGUCCUUCCAGAUGGGCUUCCCCAGCAUGAUCCCGACCGAGUGCUGCGACACACGCCCGCCACGGAAUCUGGACUAUGCCGAUUUCAACUCCUCAUCCCCCGUCCUCCCGCCCGGUCGGCCGCUAGACGCCGAUACCCCGAUUGUGUACGCCGUCGCCAAAGCCAGCGUCAUGGCGGUGUUUAAGAAGAUCGCGGCGCACACCCAGUCGCUGAUACGGCCAGACUUGGACCCGAGCUCGUCGUACCAGUACCGCGAGCGGACGAGGGAGCUGACACGGCAAGCGCGCGCGGCGUAUGCGGCGGUCCCAGAUCAGCUACAGCGACGGGACGUGGCGCGGUGCACGAUGGACACGCCGGCGCGGAUUGUCGAGCGCACGAAUAUCGAGCUGUUGCAUCUCAAGAGCUUGGUGGUUCUGAAUCGCCGGUUUGUCAGCUAUUCUUUGCAUUCUUCUUCUUCAUCGUCUUCCGUUCCUGUAGAGCCGGAACUAGAGCGGUACACAAAUGGGGGGAAGGCACAAAAUGGAAAUGGCACCGACACGGUCCCGUGCGAAACCGACUUCCGCCGAACUUGCGUCGAAGCCGCGCUGGGGAUCCUCGCGCGGCAGGCCGAUCUAGCCGCCGCAGCACAACCCGGCGGUCGGCUGUAUGAAGACAAGUGGAUGCUAGCGUCGCUGAUGCAGCAUGACUUCCUACUGGCAGCCAUGGUGUUGUGCCUGGAUUUGUCCGUACGGCUGAGCAGUACCAGCGCGACGGUUGCUGCAGCGUCACAUGGUAUCACCGCGAUGAACAUCGCAGACAAAGACAUUUACCAUACUACAAACCAGGAUGAGGAAGACCUAGACGACCGCAUCUGCCGCGCCCUACAAACAUCCCGCAGCGUCUGGAGCGCCAGCAGCAUGGCCUCGCCCGAAGCAAAAACGGCGACAUUCACGCUGGACUUGAUGCUCAAAAAGGUGGCCGAGAAGCGACGGCAGAGAGAAGAGCGGUAUGCGGCUGCCGUGGCAGCGGCGGCUGCUGCUGCUGCUGAGCCGGUGUUCCCGGGACAGGGGCUGCCGUAUGCGGAGAUGAUGUCGAGCGUUAUUGAUGGAUCUAUGAUACCGGACUGGAAUCCGAACAUGGAGAUGCCCGAGAUGGCUGCGUUUCAGGGCGAGCCGGGGUUUCCGUCGCAUGUGCUGGAGCUUUAA